CGUGCCUCGCAACAAUGCAUGCAUGCUAGCUACUAGCAUUUGGUCGAAGCUAGUUAAAACGUCGAGCAAACUUUUUGUUUCCUUAAAUAGGAACAUACACCAACCCUGCCGUAGCUCUUAACUUUGCAGCCGGUGGUGGACAGUCUUUUUUUGUAUUAUACUACGUUAGAGACUCCUGCUGGUGGUACAUGAGCCAUGGAGGGUCCGUCCUUUAGUUUACCUGUAACCAGAAUCAGACCGCUGUGGCUGGCACCUGGCAGGAGAGGCUCCGCCGGGGAUGCAGAGUCCGACCGCGAACUAAAAACACAUUUUCGCGUCUGUCGCUUCAUUAUGGAGACAGGAGUGAAGCUGGGUAUGCGCUCGGUGCCCGUCGCCACAGCGUGCGUGUUGUACCACCGUUUCUUUGAACGUGUCAAAUUGCAAGCGUAUGAACCCUACCUGGUGGCCAUGAGCUGUGUGUACCUGGCUGGCAAAGUGGAGGAGCAGCACACCAGGACCCGUGACAUCAUCAACGUAAGCCAUAGGUAUUUCAACAGUGGCAGUGCUCCUUUAGAAUGUGACAAGGAGUUCUGGGAUUUGAGGGACAGCGUGGUGCAGUGUGAGCUGCUUAUCCUCCGACAGCUCAACUUCCAGGUCUCCUUUGAACACCCUCACAAGUAUUUACUCCACUACCUGUUGUCUGUGAAGUCGCUCGUGAACCGCCACGCUUGGUCUCGAACCCCCAUCGCAGAGACUUCCUGGGCAUUGCUUAGAGACUGUUACCAUGGAGCAUUGUGUAUCAGCCACACACCACAACACAUUGCCGUGGCAACGCUGCACCUGGCUCUGAACAGCUACGGAGUGGAGCUGCCUGUCGGGGAGAAAGAGUGGUGGCAGGUGCUGUGUGUGGACGUGACCAAAGCAGACAUCGAUUCUGUGAUCUCUGACCUUCUUCAACUCUACGACAUGGAGGCCAAGUGUAUCUGAAGGACACACAUGGGAGACGUGUGUGUGUGCAACAUAAAUAUUAUGUGCGUAUGUCAUUCUCUGCAUGUACAGGCUGUGACACAACAAGCUGAUAUCGGCCGUCAGUUAAUGUCUGGCUGUGGGUGAGCGUCUGUCGGCCUUUGUUUUUGCGGUGUGUCCCGCACCGUCUGCACUUUUCGGCCCUGCCGACAGUCUCCACCACAGUUUCAACAUGUUGGCGGCGGAGACUGUCUGCAAAAUAAAUCACUCUAAUUGGCUGCUCAGCUUCAGCAAAUCAGUGCACGAGAAGAGAAACUGACGUGAGGAAAACAAUCAAUUGACUAAAGUCAAGAGGGCACACACAUCUCAUCUGAUCAUUCACAUGAGAUCUUCACACGACAUGCCACCUGGGAAGCUCAGUGGUCAGAGAGAGUUGUGUGAAAAUUGUCGGCUGCUUUGUUUUAAUGUGUAUCUUAACAACGGCUUGUAUAUUUACAGUCAUAGUUCUUCCAGUUUCCCUUUUCUAUUGACGAAUAUAGAAAACCGCCGGCAGCUGUUGUAAAGAGUUAUUUCCUCUCAACCAGGUGCAGAUCGUAAGUACUAGUUUGCUGUUGGCUGAAGUCUUUGCGGUGGGUUCAAAUGCGACUGUUUUGCCAAAAUGCAGUUUUUUAAGUCUAUUUGGUCUGUCACAGCCUUAAGUGUCGGUGCGUUUGUGUACUUGAGAGAGAAAGAGGAACAUUUUGUAUCAGUUAGUCUGAGAUCUGUGACAAAAACCCAGCUGCACUACCGAUUCCUGCCACCGCAGGGAGACAUUUCUUGUUUUCUGGUCUCGAGCACUCAGCCUGCAGAAUACUCAUGGUUUCAUCCCAGCACAUCCCAGCCCUCUUGUGGAUUUGAUGGGACAAAGUUUAUCACCCAGUUGUUAUAAAUAAAUAAUUCUGUUCAAAUAAGUUUUAAUUUCGACUUUUUUCUUCAAAAUUAACUUUCUGCAUUAUCCUGUUUCAAAAAUAUGUUGGCUGAAUAUUUUCUUCUUGUCAAUAAAUGCCUUUGGUUGCAAUGAAUUGACAAUA